AGAAGAAAUCCAUGGCAUAUAGGACCUAGACAACUAAUCAAAAGUAACCUUUAUAGGAAAAAAUCAACAUUGUGUUCGUAUAAAAGGGUGCUCAAAACCUCUUUUCUCUCUCAGCAGUUGAAGAUUUUGGAAUAACCUUUCACUUCCCUUUCCAUUUCCACCACCGUCUAUCUCUAAAUUUUCAUACCUAAUACAUUCAAAUAUCUCAACAAGUUGAACCUUCUUCGAGUAUAUAUCUCUAUACAAACAUCUUUCUUUCAUCAGCUAUGAGAUUGUAGAUUCAUUUAUCAUCACCACAAAGAGUUAAAGUUUCGAGCUUUAGUUUUUUCUGUCUUGAUCAAGAAUGACCCUGAUGAAAAGCAUAUGGAAAUCCAUCUUCCCGGGUUGUUACAAGGGUGAGUAUCCCUCUCCGAAGCCAAAGAAGGUGGUGGCUACAAAGCCAAAUUCUUCUCACAGGAUUUCUGUCACGGAUUUGAGUUAUCCAAGCACGACUCUUUCAGAGGAUCUCUCCAUUUCCCUAGCGGGGACCAACCUCCAUGUUUUCUCACUUGCUGAGCUCAAGAUCAUCACGCAGUCUUUCUCUUCCAGCAACUUUCUAGGAGAAGGUGGGUUCGGACCCGUGCAUAAAGGGUUCAUUGAUGACAAGCUCAGGCAUGGCCUCAAGGCUCAACCCGUGGCUGUUAAGCUCUUGGACUUGGAUGGCUCGCAGGGCCACAAAGAGUGGUUGACUGAAGUUGUUUUUCUGGGGCAACUGAGGCAUCCUCAUCUGGUGAAGCUGAUAGGAUACUGUUGUGAAGAAGAACACAGACUUUUGGUAUAUGAAUAUUUACCAAGAGGAAGCUUGGAGAAUCAACUAUUUAGAAGAUUCACAGCAUCACUACCAUGGUCAACGAGAAUGAAAAUUGCUGUUGGGGCUGCCAAGGGUCUAGCCUUUCUUCAUGAAGCCGAGAAGCCAGUCAUCUACAGAGAUUUCAAAGCUUCCAACAUCUUGUUAGAUUCUGAUUACAAUGCAAAGCUAUCAGAUUUUGGGUUGGCAAAAGACGGUCCCGAAGGAGAUGACACCCACGUUUCAACCCGAGUAAUGGGCACACAUGGAUACGCAGCCCCAGAAUAUGUGAUGACAGGUCACUUGACAGCAAUGAGUGAUGUGUAUAGUUUUGGGGUAGUGCUGUUGGAGUUGCUGACAGGGAGAAGGUCAGUGGACAAGAACCGUCCUCCAAGGGAACAGAACCUAGUGGAGUGGGCAAGGCCAAUGCUGAAUGAUUCAAGAAAACUGGGUAGGAUAAUGGACCCUAGACUUGAAGGGCAGUAUUCUGAAAUGGGGACCAAAAAAGCAGCUGCAUUGGCCUACCAGUGUCUCAGCCACAGACCUAGGAGCAGACCCUCCAUGAGCACAGUGGUUAAGACCCUUGAGCCACUUCAGGAUUUUGAUGACAUCCCAAUAGGAACAUUUGUUUACACUGCUCCACAAGAUCAUAACAACAACGAAGUGCAGAACAAUGCAAAGGAUCAGCUUGAAACACCUAGAAGGAGGGAACACAACAGCAACAACGGCCAACACCAUCGUAGGAACCACAACCUUAACAGACAUCAUCCUCUGAAGUCCCCGAAGAGCCCUAAGCCACAAUCACACACACAUUUACGUUCAGUGAAUAACGAUCACAACAACAACAACAACAGACACAGAAAUGGUAGAGGAAGUGGAUCAAACUCUCCUCCAUCACAUGUGAAAAGGCCUGGAAUUGUUACCUGAUAUAUAGAUACAUAAAAAUCAUCAUAUAUACUGUAUAUACAUAGAUAUUUUCACUUGAUUUUCUCCACAGAAUUGUUCAGUUUUAUGUAGUGGGCCCUAGCAAAAAAGAACACAGAGUGAGCGUGCAAGAAUUGAUUAAUACAUGGUCCAAACAUGGAAAGCAUGCAUGAGUUAUUAUAGUAAUUUAAUUUGUUAAACUAAGGGAGGAUUAGAGAGUUAAUUGUUUUAAAUUGCAUGUGCUUAUAUAAAUAUUGUGAUGAAGUUUUCUUGUGGAUGGAUGAAGAGACUUGUUCAAUAAAAAUGGAGAAUUACCAACUA